AUGUCGGACGCAAACAUGGAGGAUCUUGAUCUGCCUAUCGCCAUCCGGCGCUCUCGUCGGAGCACCCCAGCCGUCUCAGUCAAGACCGAGGAGACCACCGAGGCUACCACCAUCCCCAAAACGCCCGCCCGAAGGAAGCGCACAGUCCGCUUCUCCGACCCGGGCCCUUCGUCCGGCUUGACGCCCAUGAUGCGCCGCACAGUGUUCGCGACGCCCAGCCGCAGACGCUCGGGAACCCCGCUGCGCAACUCCAGCCCCGUCGCCGCUCCCGCGUCAACCAGCAGCGGCCCGUCCCGGCGAAGCGAAGCGAACCCGUUCCUGGCGCCUCUCCGUCAGACGAUGGACGGCCGCGUCGAGAGGCAGGCGAGGCGCAGCAGCUUCCGUGCCAUGCUCAAUAAGAUGGAGUUGCAGAAGAAGAAGCUGCUGCGCUUUUCGCGGACCGAGAUUGAGAAGCUCAAGAGCCAGGUCAAGUCCAAGGACGCCGAGAUUUACGAGCUGCAAAAUGCGACCAUUGUCAUCGACACGGAACGCGUCUGGGAUCUUGAGAGGCAGGUUGAGCAGCUCCAGUACGAGCUGGAUCGUCGCGCACCGACAGAACUGAAUGAGGACCGCACAUAUGACUGGACGCUGGCUGCCAGAGACCCGUUUACGCAAGAUGACGACUACUUCGACAUGGAUCUCGACGGCGAGCACUUUGGCGAUGCUACCCAGGCCCAACUUCAAGUCAGCACUCCGUCGAGAGCCCGGUCCUCGUUCCCCACGCCACCGGCGACGAGCCCAAUGAUUCCCGGCACACCCUCCUCGCACUUUUGCCGCCAGCCGCAGACGCCAAAGUCCCAUGCCGCCGUCCAGGCAUGCUUCCCAGACCCUGAGCGUGAAGUCCUGGAGGAGCAAGUAUGCUCGCUGCAGCUCGAGGUGUCCAAGCUCACCAGUACGUUGGAAUCGUACAAAGGCUUCCAGUCGCGCCUCAAAGACCGCCUGGCCGCCGCUGUCCCGGAGGCGAUGGACGUCGCCGUCUCGGAUGCAAACUUGGAGAGCAUCGAGAAGCAGAUUCUCCGCCUGCUGGAAGAUAUGACAGACCGCUCCGCUGCUCUCGAGCAGCUUUCCGCCCGCAUCAGCGAUAUUGGGUUCACAGGAAAAGACGCUGAAGAGAUGCUCGCCUCGAUAGUCUCGGGGUUCCGCGCAGCCCGGCUCGAGCUCGAAUAUCUCACCCCGGGCGAAAUCACCCUACCCCUCACCUCCCACGGCGCCGAGGUCCUCGACCUGUUGCUAACUAACCUACGCGACCUCGCCCGGCGCGUCAAGGAGGGCGAGGACAGCAUCGACGAGUACCACUCCAUCGAGCAGUCCCUACGCAAGCAGCUCGACGGCCGCGUGACCGCCAUGGACCAGCUCAAGGCGGAGAUGAGCAAGGGGGAGACGAUCAUCUGCGCAGCCGACGUCCGCAUCCACGAGCUCGAGGUCGCCAACCAGCGGCUCAAGGGCGCCAUCGACACCUACGACCGCGACAUGAAGGAGCUGGAGCGGCUCGUCCAGAAGACGGACCAGGAGAAGACGCAGGCCGUCGAGGACCACGACGCCGACAAGGAGCGGGACGUCGAGGCGCUCGAGGCCAAGGACCGGACCAUCGCCGAGCUCGAGGACAAGAUCAAGGAGGCGGUCCGGCAGGCGGAGCAGCUGCUGCGGGACAUGUCGGACGAACAGGACAGGCACACGCGGCACGUGGUGAAACUCAAUCAGGCGCACGGGCGGGGCCUGGCGCUGCGCGACGCGCGCGUCAUGGAGCUGCGCGUCGAGAUUGACCGCGUCAACGAGUCGCUGCGCGAGUCGCACGAGACCAUCCGCGCGCUGCGCGUGCAGAACGGCGGCCUGCUCGCGGAGCAGGACAAGGCCAAGAAAGCCAUGGACGCCAUGCAGGAGGAGUUGCAGCGCGUGCUGCGGAUGAGCCAGGCGUUCCUGCGCAGCGCGCCGAAGAGGAAGCGCGGCAACGAGGGCGAGGAGCGGGGUGAGGCUGAGGGUGACGGCGAGGGCGCCGCGCCGGUGGUCCGUCCAGGAAGGCUUCUGAGCGGCGAGCUGGCGCGCCGCGCCUCGCGGACAAAGAGGCCCAGGGACAGUGGCCUUGGCUUUCUGGACGAGGAUGAGUGUGAAAUGUUUUGA